AUGGUUUCUUUCUCUGCUUCUCUUCCAUGCAGGGGGUUGGGCAAGUUCCAAAAAGACUCAGACUUGGUUGCCCAUAAGUUGAAGCCGUCGCACGCCCUCAGAUUGGAUAUGGGCGCGAAAUGUUGGACGGCAAGCCCGCCUUCUGGUGACGCAGCGCGUUUUUUUUGCGAGGAACGACGGCCGUUUGAAGUCGAAAGCCGCCCAGGUGUCGGCUGCUGGCAGAAAGCAACCCGGCAAGACUACAGUUGCUUCGGAUGCAAAGUCGCUGCAGGGCCAGUGAUUGUUCAACAUGGUUCUGGUCUUUGCUUGCCUUUCAUGCAGGGGUGCCUUUUGGGCAAGAUGGCCGACGAGACUCAAACCUGGAUGUUCAUCCUGUAA